AUGGCUGGUGAACUGGCGCAACGCCGUGGCAGCAGAGUGGCUCUGGUACAAUUUCAAAAGCACUCGAAGAACCUCGUUACGAACAGCAGACUCCUGGUCGGUCAUCAGCCAUCCCAAGUACCGGAUAUACACACUUUCAAAGAAGAACUCCGGAUACUGGUCGAUCCAGUUGCUAAGCUGUCUGACACACUCCUGGCGGAUUUGCGAGUCGGUGUCUCUAUAUCUGUGAGCAAAUGUUGUGUUGAAGAUAUCCUGGAGAAAAGUUUCCAGAUAGUUUUUGUGUUCCAUUUUGGGUUUUUCGAGUUGGAGGCAAGACCCAAUGGGUAUUCGUGGGAGACUUGCUUUUCGAACAUUGCCUGGAUCUCGGCGAUAGUUUCCUUGGAGGAGUCUGCGUUGACAACGUCGUGUUGGGCAACAAGAGUCACACACCCACAGGAUCUCAACACAAGGUUGACCAUAUCUUUGAUCGCGUCGUACUUGUCUUCUUGGAACUGGUCGAGCCAAGAGGCUGCAAGCUCGGCGACUGCGGACUCUGCAUUGCUCAAGGCCUCGAACAGAUAG